UUAUAGAACGGCUCUGAAUGGUCUCCUGCUCCAAAAUACCAGUGGAGGACCCAGGAGCGUCUGGAGGACAAAGAGGAGCUGGGCGGAAGUGGUGUGGCAGGAUAGAGCAACAGAAAAAAGAUCACACGGCAUGGAGGACGACGUGUGAGCCGGCGGUCUAAUCUCUGGUCAUGUGAUCUAUUAUCCCGGCACAGAAGAAGAUUGUUCGGCCUCGCAUUUAAUUCCGCUGUCCAAGUGUUGUGAUCAGCUCAGAUCUUUGGGUAAUAUCACCGAUGUCAUUACAAAGCAGAAUUGGUGGCGCAAAAAAUAAGCCAUCAAAUGGAUUUUUAAGUGCAGAAUUGAAAGAGUUAUGAUUUUUUAUAGCUGGACGUCACAAUUUUUGGAUUAUAUUUUGGAUUUGUCACAGAUGAAACGGCUCGGCAAGUGUGUCCUGUGCUCGGCAUCCACCACUCCACCUCGUGGAUCUCUAAGAAUUGGAUUGCGGAGCACAAUGCAUUCUGGGAUAUUUAAGGUGGGCCUUGUGGUGAUGACCGCCAUUGUCAAUCAUCCGCUCCUCUUCCCAAAUAAUGACACGACCCUUCCUGUUAGUGAUGACCUUAUUGUGGAGAGGUUACGGGAGAGAGAACAAGACCUAAAAAAACAGCAGCUGGACCUGGAGCAACUUUUUUCCCAUCAUGAGAAACCAGCAGAAGAUCGAACUGAGACCGAGGGCAAAGAGUCCGAGGGUGGAGCAGGGUGGGACCUGUGGAGCACAGUGUCUAUGGUCAUAUUCCUGAUGAUUGAAGUAUGGAGACAGGACUUCAAGGACAACAACUCCCAUGAGCAAAGCAAAGAGGACGAUGACCUAAUGUUCUUAGGAAAUAACUGUCAUGGCGUGUCUCUGCCUAACAAGCCAAUGCUGGCUAUCUUUUAUGACCAAUACAUCCGAGCCACUACCCACGAUGCCUUGAGAAGCAGGGAGUUUGUAGAAGGUUUUGCAGAUGACCUUCUUGAGGCGUUAAGAAGUCUGUGCAAUCGCGAUACCGACAUGGAGGUCGAAGACAGCAUCUGUAUUGGAAGUAUGUACGAAAACUGGAGGCUCAACAAGCCACUGAUCUGUGACCUACUGGUACCAUUUUCACCUCCACAACCGUAUCACUUCAAGUGCCAGCCGUGGGUCUCUGAUCCCUCCAUCGGUCCAGACAAACAAAGUUAUGGAACCAUUCUUGUCCGUGGUCCGGACGAUGAACCAUCGGGCUGUGUAUGUAACAAAAAAAGACUUGGAGAAGACAUGUUGUGUCUUCUACACAAUCCCACCAACAAUACAAAAGUGAACAAGGACGUGAACCUGCUGUGUUCUAGAAACACCAACUACCUGGACAUUGACCAGGUCAUGAAAUGGUUCCAGACAGCAUUGACUAAAGCCUGGAGCAAAAUUUCCCACAAGUAUGAGUUCGAGCUCACCUUCAGCAACUUGGACUCUCCCGGAGCUUUGAGAGUCAAAUUCAAGUCUGGAAAAGUCAUCAUCUUCAACAUAACCCCCGUGGUUCAGUAUGAGGACACGGACCUCUAUUUUAUUUCCCAUUUUCCCAGCAUGCCACGGGAAGACCUCUCAGGUAUCUACUGGAUGAUAUCUUUUGCAGUUUACGAGAGAAGGUUCCUCAAGGACUUUGCGAAAAAGCUCCCAGACAAUUCAUGCCACCUCAACUGCCUACAGAUCAUGACUUUUCUCUAUUCCAAGCAGUGUCACAUAAGCGGACCGAGCGGUCUCACCACAUACCACCUAAAGACCGUCCUUAUGCAUCUCCUUCUUAGUCGACCCUGUUCAGAUUGGAGCAACGUCUUGCUGGAGGACCGAUUACGAGACAUGUUCAAGAACUUGGAGAAAAGUCUCUUGGAGAAGAAGCUCCACCACUUCAUGGUUGGGAACAGCAAACUUCCGGACAACGUCAACCUUCCCGAUCACUUUCGAGGAGCAGAACCUGUUAACCUUUUCCGUUCCUUUGUCCUAAACCGGAAUCUUUACCAAAAGACUCUGUCCAUGUUCUAUGAGAUGUUGAAGAAUGCGACUGUUGUCAUCAACGAAUACAGCCUACACCUGCCCAAUGGACACACCAACAAACAUUCCCAUUAACCACACUUACAGCCGCCAACUGAAGCAGUGUUUGGGGGGGGGGUUCUUAUCUUUAUAAUUCAUUGACAGAUUUUUAAUAAAAAAGUAUAUUUUGUAUCAAAGCCCACCAUUUUAAUACCGACCAGCCAUUGGCCAAUAUAGCUUUCUUCGUUAUACUGUACACUUAUGUUGACCUGAUGUUUUCUCGUGUCAUCCAGAAGGUUAGCAAUGGAUCGGCCAUUUUGAAUUGACUUCUACAAAUGUUUUUUUUUUUUUUAUAUAUAUGUCCAUCUACAAUGUUAUUUAUUUAUUGUUAAUAUUUUUGUGCCUUUUCUGCAUAAAUGCGGAAUGACAAAACUUGAGAUGUUUGCUGUUAUUACACUAGGUGUUAUGACCUAUUUCCCACCAAUCAUCUGUUUUGGUGAGUUGCGGCGCAUGCAUAUACAGUAAAUAGAGCCAUAAGCAGACAGCGCCGUACAUUGUGUAUUGGCCUUGCUGGGUUACUGCAACCUCUUAUUCACUUUAAUGGGAGCUGAGGAUAGGCCAGCGUUUCCCAAUCAGAGUGCCUCAAGCUGUUACAAAACUACAACCGGACAUGCUAGGAGUUGAAAUUUUUUGCAACAACUGGAGGCAGCAUGGUUGGGAAACACUGGUAUAGGCAAUCAAUAGAAAAAAGUGGAAAACCCAUUUAAUCCAAGGUUGCUUGUCUGGAAAGACCGCCAAACUGGUGUAAGGAGUAUUAUAGGGAAAAAAGCAUAUGCACUUAUGGAAAAAAGUUUGCGCCCUAUUGUACUCCACGAAAAACGUAUUCCCCAUCCACAGCAUAGUGGAUAAGUGUCGGAUCCCCCACGAUCUCCAAAACGGAGCUUGACUUUUCUUGCUGAAUGCUCCCACUACCUUCCGACACGCGAUUCCGACACACCGCUGCA